AUGUUCGUUAUCUAUCUAUCUAUCUAUCUAUCUAUCUAUCUAUCUAUCUAUCUAUCUAUCUAUCUCAGUCUGCUCACUAUCUAUCUAUCUAUCUAUCUAUCUAUCUAUCUAUCUAUCUAUCUAUCUCAUCUGUUCAUUAUCUAUCUAUCUAUCUAUCUAUCUAUCUAUCUAUCUAUCUAUCUAUCUCUCUCUCUCUCUCUCUCUCUCUCUAUAUAUAUAUAUAUAUAUAUAUAUAUAUAUAUAUAUAUCAGUGUGCACUAUCUAUCUAUCUAUCUAUCUAUCUAUCUAUCUAUCUAUCUCAAUAUGUUCAUUAUCUAUCUAUCUAUCUAUCUAUCUAUCUAUCUAUCUAUAUAUCUCAGCAAGACUACACCCAGUGGACUCCUACACAUCCACGAUUUUGCACUGACCAGUAUCCAAUGGCUGGUCUCAUAUGCGACUUAUUUACCACAUUGUUACUUCUGUCAAUACCAGCGUCGUCGCAACUAUCUCUUUACUUUCAGCGUAAAUCGGCCCGUCUCUACUCAAGAUCUCUUCAUACUUUGUUUUUUGUUUGUUUCAUUCUUUCUUUUCCCAUUUUUAGUUUCACGUUUUUUUUAUUUUGUUUAUGGUAUAUUUUUGCUUGCUUGUUUUCUUUCUUUCGUUUUUCCCCCUUUUUUAUUUACGCAUUUUUAUUUUCAGAUGGUUUAUUUUUGCUUGCUGGUUUUGUUUGUUUGUUUUUUUGUUUGUUUGUUUGUUUCGUUUCACAUUUUCAUUUUCCCAUUUUUUAUUUUCCCAUGGUUCAUUUUUGCUUCUUGUUUUCUUUCUUUCUUUUCCCAUUUUUAUUUUCCCAUUUUUUAUUUUUCCAUGGUUUCUUUCGUUUCACAUUUUUAUUUUCCCAUUUUUUAUUUUCCCAUGGUUCAUUUGUGCUUCUUGUUUUCUUUCUUUCUUUUCCCAUUUUUAUUUUCCCAUUUUCUAUUUCACCAUGGUUCAUUUUUGCUUGCUUCUUUUGAUUCUUUUCCCAUUUUUAUUUUCUCAUUUUUUAUUUUCCCAUGGUUCAUUUUUGCCUGCUUGUUUCCUUUCUUUCGUUUCACAUUUUUAUUUUCCCAUUUUUUGUUUUCCUAUGAUUCUUUUUUGCUUGCUUGUUUUCGUUUCCACAUUUUAAUUUUCCAUUUUUUAUUUUCCCAUGGUUCUUUUUGCUUGCUUGUUUUCUUUUUUGCUUUCCCAUUUUUAUUUUUCCACAUUUUCAUUUUCCUUGUUUUCUUUUCUUUUUUUAUUUUCCCAUUUUUUGUUUUCCUAUGA